GUCAUAUACAGUAAUAUAAUUUUAUUGCAGGCUGUCUCUUUAAACACAACAGAGAAAGAGAUGGAUGCAACACUUCAGGUUAUCUUUCUACUGUCUUUAUGUCUACUUAUUUCAUCUACAGCUGCGACUCCGUCGGAAGGCAAAUUAGAAAAAUGUUCCUGGUGUCCAAGUUGUUAUUGCAAGGACGAAUCUGUGUAUACUAAUGGUUCAUAUUUGUUGCUUGUGAAUUGCACUGAUGCUGGCCUUACGUCCGUUCCAACAAAUAUUCCGUCGAAUACCACAGUUCUCACCCUAAACGGUAACAAUAUCACGAAAAUUGGUCCGAGAUCAUUCGAACACUUAUCGAAAUUGCUGUAUCUGGAUUUAUCUAAAACUGGCUUAACUUCUUUACAUAGUGAAACAUUUGCAGGACUUGGCAACCUUAGAACCCUUGAACUAAAUGGAAAUAAGAUACGCUACAAAAUCAAGUGUAUUCCUAACGGAGUUUUUGCAGAACUCAAAUCUCUAACACGCAUGAACUUACAGCAAAACUUUUCAACUGAUGAUGUUGAACCAAAAGAGCAAUACCCCACUAAGGCUCUUUCAAGUCUAAAUUUUCUAGAAGAACUGCUUAUUGACGGUUUGCAAAACCGGACAUUUGCUAACCACAUGGAGAAAAUGAAACGUUUAACGUCACUAACACUUAAUGGUUAUAAUGGACGAUGUUCUGUAAAGAGUAUAGACCCAAAAAUGUUUAAGUUCUGUAAGCGGAUAAGCAGCUUCACAAUGAUCAAUUGUCAAGUUGAAUCUGUUCAACAAGACUCAUUUGAAAUACUUCAGAAUCUUACAUUUCUUGAUCUAUCAUACAAUCCAGAUAUCAAGAUUGAUGGGCUUGCAAAUAUAACGUCUGGUCUACAGAAACAGAAAUUGCGAGAACUGAGGCUUAUAAACAUACAUCAAAAUAUAGGCGAAUGCAUGACAAUUGAAGUGGAGCAUGUCAAAUUCAUGAGAAAUAUGUCUGUUGGUCUUCUCUACCUCGAUUCAAAUCGCUUAGCAACUAUUUCUAACGAGGCCGUUGCAUAUCUUCCGAGAAACAUAAAAGGUCUUUCUAUAAAAGAUAACAUGAUUUUAUUUGGGGGAUACCUAUAUGAAAUAUUCAGACAACAGAUUUUCUCCAAUCUUACAUUCAUAAAUCUCUCUAUGCAAAGUAUAAAUGAGAACUUUGUCAAUGCUUUCAGGAGAAAGUCAAAAACAGCUCUUGCAACGGAUGAAAAGAAUAAAAGAAGAAAAUUGUCACUAAAAUCAUCCAUGUUUGUAUCACAUAAUCAAACCAUAUCUAACGAGGAUUAUGCAAGAAAAUGCUAUAACUGUCCAUUAAUAUAUGCUCCCUUCAAAUUCACAGAAACGCUCGUUGAUAUUGAUGCAAGUGAUAUGAGAGUACGAAUGGAAUUAAACGACCUGUGUGUUUGUAAGCCAAACAAAAUACUGAGAUUAAACUUAAGCAGGAACAUAUUUUGGAGAUGGAACGGAUCAUUCAAAGGCUUAGAAGACCUCUUGAAUCUCAAUUUGGCCUGGAAUGCUUGCGAAGACAUGUCAACAGAUGUUUUUCAUAUAUUACCAAAUCUUUUGUCUUUGAAUUUAUCAGGAAAUUUUCUUGAAAAUGCUUUUAGAAAUGACUUGCAUGGCGAAAUAUUCAAGAAUCAGGCAAAGUUAGAAUUUUUAGACAUAUCAGACAAUAAGAUAAGGACCUUACCUAAAAAAUUCUUUACAGGUCUUAAAAGAUUGAUGAAAUUGUGCUUAUCGAACAAUUUUCUUCUGACUUUUGAUGUUAAAAUUAACCACAUGAAUUGGUUAACUUGGUUAGAUAUCAGUAAUAACCUCCUGGUAACAAUUGCCACAAGCACCAUGGAAACUCUUCUGAAAUUUUCUCGUGACACAGAGCAUGACUUGUCUGUUAAUUUACAGAAUAACAAACUUGUUUGUUCGUGUUCUUACAUUAGAUUUGUCAAGCAAUUCUCAGAGAUGACACAACAUUUUCGACGGCUUAAGUCAUACACUUGCAAAUACGAAUCGGGUGUUACAAAGGAUUUGACUUACGCGGAAACAAUUUAUGAAACUCUUCAGAAAGAUUGUGCCGAUUAUAAAGUAACUAUAAUAGCGUCCUCACUUUCCUUUCUACUUGUUCUAGUAGUCGUUGGAUCUUGCAUAAUCUAUAGAUAUAGGUGGAAACUUCGUUAUUUAUACUACUCUGCAAAGAUGAGGCAUCGCGGAUACACACCUGUAGAUUGUAGAAAUGAUGAUACCAGUGAAUUUGCCUACGAUGUUUUUAUAUCAUACAGUGACUCCAACGGGAAAUUUGUGAAAAAAGUUCUUGUACCUGAAUUAGAGGCAAAAAGGCACGUUAGAGUUAUGGUUCAUGACCGUGAUUUCAUUCCUGGAAAUUUCGUUGUCGACAAUAUUGUUAAUGCGAUAACGAAAUCAAGAAAGACCAUGAUUCUCAUGAGUCGCGAUUUUCUAAGAAGUGCUUGGUGCGUCCGUGAGAUGAACUAUGCAAGAAUGGAGGCUCUUCACACAGAAAGGAACGUGUUGUUGGUUAUGAUGCUUGAACCUGUGACAGUUAAAGGAUUACCAUUGGAAAUAAUGGAUAUUUUGCGAAACCAAACGUACCUAGAACUUCCUGAGGACCAGGCACAUGAGGAAGUGUUUUGGGAUAGGGUGAGGGAUCUGAUAAUGUCAUAGUUAUUAUACUUUUGGGAUUUUAAAAUUGUAGAUAUGCACCGAAACAUUUAAACAGUUUUGAUAGAAGACAUACGGUAAAUUGUUUUAUUGCAGAAAUUGAUUGAGGUCUAUCGAAUUUUUACUGGUGUUAUACUAUAUGAAUACUUAAAUGUAAACAGUAAAUAUAUAUUACUUACAAAAUGUGUUUUGUU